CGAAGCGAGCGCGUGACCAACAACGGAAGAAGGAGGAAGAUCUAUGCAGGGCAACGACGUGCAGAGCGGCGGCGUGCAACGCAUGAUGGAGUUCCCGCUGGACGAGCUCAAGCUGCGACCGAGUUGGUGUGCAGGAGGGUCGCGCGUGAUGGACAUUAGAGGCCGUCGCGGAAAACGCAACGGAAGGCACAACCCUAAUGCAAGCGGACCACGGUCCUCGCGAAGGCGGAAGUGUGAGUACGGCAUGGCGAAUCAGAAAAAGAAGCCGCGAAGCGAAGACAGUGGUCGGGCGUGACGAGCUCGGAGGAGGUGCGGUGCAGUCAAGCCAAGGAGGAUUUCUUCUUGUGCGAGUAGAGAUAUUCGGUCGGCCCGACUUUGGCAUCGCAUGUGCGUGCGAAGAGGAAGUUCAACCCGUGAGCAGGAAAACCCUAGGGUUCGCGAAGAAGUCGGUAUAGCGAACCCAUUCGGCUCCAUCGUCUCGUCCCAUGAUCCCCGACAUUCAACGGUUCUUGCCCCUCGUGGAUCGCUCAACCGUUAUAACCACGAAUCACCGCGAAGAUUACUUCUUCGGCCAUUCUCUACCCACUGCAAUUCCCGGCAAGCUACUUCGUCAACCACAGAAUCUCGUCGUCGUCGAGCUCAUCUUAUCGACGCCAAUCCUAUUCACCGCGAGAAUUCACUUCCGUUUGUUCUUCUCCACGACUAAGGCUACCCCAAGAUACGACUACUUCUGCGACGGUACCUACAAGUUUUCCCAGGAAUUUACGAAGGAUAUGUCUGAAGAUCAAGUGAACGUCACCAAGGAAUAUCGCAAGCCCCGAACCAAAGUUCGGAAGAUGUUAACAUUUCUGACUUCAGACCCACCAAUAAAGGUAUAGUCCUUGAAGAUUCUACUCUUCCCCUAUCUUG